AUGAAGAUUACCGUGAUCGUCUUGUGUGUCGUGGUAGCGUUGUUUGGGGUCGCAAGUGCCGUCCUGGGGUUCAUCGCCGAGGGCACCAAGCUCACGGUAAAUGACAUUGAGGUGUACAGCAACGAGUGCGUGUACCCUGACAACCCGGCAUACGCACUGGCGCUGCUGGCGGCCCUCCUGCUGCUGUUGGCCCAGAUCACCGCCUCGACCGUCGGCGGUUGCUGCGGCCGCUGCAAGCCCCGGGGCGCCGGCUUCUCCGGGUCCAAGCCCGUUGCCAAGUCCAAGCGGGCCACUGGCGCCGCCCUCUGCGUCCUCUCAUGGAUAAUGGCGUUGAUCGCGGAGCGGUUCUUCUUGGUAGGUGCGGCGAUGAACAUCCCCAUGACGCGCGAAACUAGCCAGGGCCGGGGGUGUCACGCCGUCAAUGACGGCGUCUUCAUGAUGGGGGCUAUUCUGAGCAUCGUCGCCACCGUGUUCGGGAUCAUAUCUUAUAUCAUGCUUUACGCGGCGGCGGCUGGUGCUAAUACUACCAUGGGGGCCGUGGCGGGGCCGUCGUCGGCAGGCGAGAUCAGGCUUGACGGGAUCGCGAUCGGCCACCCUGUUGCCGCUCAACAACACGCGCAAGCUGUGUAG